AUGAAGAUUCUCACCGAGAGAGGUUACAUGUUCACCACUACUGCCAAGAGAGAAAUUCAAGAGCUGGAGACAGCUAAGAUCCGUUCUUCAGUGGAGAACUACGAGCUACCUGAUGGACAAGUCAUCACCAUUGGAGCUGAAAGAUCCCGUUACCCUGAAGUACUCUUCCAGCCAUCGCUCAUCGGAAUGGAAGCCCCUGGAAUCCAUGAAACAACGUACAAUUCCAUCAUGAAGUGUGAUGUGGAUAUCAGGAAGGAUCUAUACGGAAACAUCGUCCUCAGCGGUGGUUCAACCAAGUUCCCAGGAAUUGCUGACCGUAUGAGCAAAGAGACCACAGCACUUGCAUCAAGAAGCAUGAAGAUCAAGGUGGUCGCACCGCCUAAGAGGAAAUCAGGGUCUUGA